AUGGCGCCACCGUUAGCGCGACGAUCUGGCCGGCUCCGCACAGCUGCCCGUAAGUACACAGAUGACGCUUUUCAAGCCGUAGGACUAAGUCCGGAUAACUCUGGAUCUGAGCAUCUGGCGGCCGAAGAACUCCAAAAUGCUCAUGCGUCUGAUGAAGACUUUGUAAUGGGUGAGGAUAACGAACAAGCUGCUGCUGAGGAAGAAGAUGAUUCCGAUGAUGAAACAGGCUCUGUUGUAGGGUUAACCUUUGAUAAAACAGAGCAGGCUGAGCGCAAGAUGCUAGCCAAACUAGAUAGGGACAUGACACAUUCCCGAGGGUUGCUUAAACCUGCUGAGCAUACCGCAAAGAAUACACAGUUGAAAUUGACAUUCGGAACUGGUGCUGAGGACCUCCUUCCAGCUAUUUACGCAAGGGAUCGCUGGGCUUACGGGAGAGAUUCAACUUUUCCAAGUGCAGAGAGUUUUCAGGGUGCGCAAAGAACCAGCCCAUAUGGGGUAGGUGGGUUAUUUUGCUACCCCAGCUUUAAAAUGGAGUUUGAAUCUACCGAGGCGUGGGAUUGGUAUUACGAUAGCUCCAUCGGAGGCUGUCUUCUGAGGAAUCAGCAGAUAAGGGCCCUGGAAGAGAAUGUGGGGCGAGAGUACUUUCCCCAGGAUGGAGAUAAGAGGCAUACCGUUUUGGUUGGGCCCCAGGGCAAACAGAAGGAAUUUCACUUGGGACUCCAUGAAUUUUUUGAUUUCGGGGUGGUUUGGGAACCACCAAACCCGAAAGCGGGUAAGAGUGGCAGGUCAAAAAAUUCCGAUGCGCGGUCCCAUGGUUCGCUGGGCGACAAUGCUAAGGAUGCUCACGCAAUGCCAGAGAUGGAGAGGUUCAGGGAAGGUUGGAUUCUAAACUUUGGAAGUAAGAUACAAUGUGCUGCAUGGGCUCCAAACUGCAGUGGCACGACCCAGUAUCUUGCGGUAGUCGUCCCGCUUCCAGAAUCGCAGAAGGCCGCGGAGUGUGAUAUAAACCUCACUGGGGCUCCUGCCUUUACUCCCUCGCCGCCAUAUCCAGCCGCGAUUCAAAUUUGGGCCUUUGAAGCCAAACAAAGCGAAGUUUUCCCUCGACCUUUAGAUAUGUCUAUUGAGCCCCGAUUGCGAUUAGUUUUAUGCACCAGAUUUGGCGAUGUGAAGCGCCUUUGUUGGUGUCCUAUGCCACGAAAACCUCGCUCAAGCCACAUAGAAGGGAAAGAAUCGAUCAACCUUGGCCUCUUAGCGGGAAUCUGGGGAGAUGGAAGUGUCAAAGUUUUGGAUGUGAAUAUCGAAAAAAAUUCACCGACCACGCAAUGGGUAAAGGUUGAAAGCCCGGUGUUCCAGGCGAAACCUCCGUCAACACUGUGUACAUGUCUCACUUGGCUUUCUCCGGGUGACCUGGCUGUUGGUUGUGCAAAUGGAUUCAUUGCGGUCUGGAGCCUCCCUGCAUCCUGCGGCAAAUCGGAAUCAAACCCUGUGCCAUAUAUAUAUACUCCAAUUCACACUGCCUACAUUCUUAAUGUCGUUUCGGCUUAUCCAAACCACCCGUACCUCCUUGCUUCCAGCAGUAUAGACGGCCAAAUGAAGCUCUGCUCUCUUGUCGACCCUCUGGUAGAUAUCGCCGAAGCGAUCAGAACACGAAUGGGGACGCUAAAUCUAUCAUAUUCACCAUUCUUUCAAGCAUUUGUGACGACGGAUGAAGCAGACUUUGUCCGUUUGCAGCCAGUUCGCCGUUUCUUUUCGACAAUCUCUGUCCUUCGUUCUACAUCAAGUGUAACUGCGAUUGCACCUUGCAGCCCAUGCCACCCUACAAUCCUGGUAGGUACCGCAGGCGGUCUAGCUAUGGCGACUAACCCACUUCGAAGGCUCCUCAACCCAAAAAACAAACAUUUCCAGCAAACUUGGUUCUCACAUGAGUGGGUUCUCGCGAGGGAUACCAAGAGUGAAAAACGACUCGGCGUCAGUAGAUUCUAUGACGGUUUCAAGGCAGAAAGCCCGAACCUUCUAAGAAGUGCUACGCAAGGAAAGAUAUCGAGCAAUAUGAUGACCAUAUAUGAGGAGGAGACAGGCAUCACCGUGCUUGCUCACAACCCUAACGACCAUUGCGGAGGAUGGGCAUGCGCAGGGUUAGGAUGCGGGCUGCUGCGGGUGGAAGACCUAACCCUCCGCCCUCGAAGGUAA